GAUUCAGACAAGGUUCAGGAAAUUGGACCAUCACACAUCUCCAAGUGGUAAAACAUCGGCCAAGUGCCGAAGCGAGCGCCUGUGCCACUCUCUGGCAAGGGAAAAAGAACGAGGCUCGUUUGCCAGCGGCUCGAGAGGGGGUUGGCGUCGGAAAACUGAGAGCAAUGGAAAUGAACUCUGGCUUGACCAUCUUGGCCGACACGCAAUUCCUCUCCACCGCCUUCCAGUUCUGCAGCGGGCCCACGCUCUCCGCCCUGCGCGCCUGCAGCCGCCGGCUGGCGGAGGAGCUGCCCAAAGAGUCGAGCCUUUGGUCGGACCUGGUGGCCCAUUCCACCGCCCAGCUCCGGACUUCGGAUGCCAUGCGCCAGGCCAUUCGCCUGGGCCGGGCGAUUGAGCGCUGCCAUACCUCCAGCGCACGCCACGCGGAGUCCUCGGACAAGGCCCUGCGGCAUCGCCUCAUCGUCACCGGCGCGCGGAGGAGCGGGGUCUCCACCCUCGUGCAGCUCUUGGCCCAGCGCGACAUCGAGGCCCAGACCAAGGACAUGUCGGUGCUGAGCUUCGCCGCGGACUUGGACGGCCUGAAGCUGGCGAUCUCCGCGGUGGACAAGCGCUCCACCGCCAUCAUGACGCCGCUCUCGGCCGCGCUGUACAACGGGCACACUGCGGCCUUGUUCGUUUUCGACGCGAGUUGCAUGGAGGAGUCCGUGACCAAAGCGGCCUGGUGCAUCGAAGAACUGCAGCAGACGGUGGGGCCACGGAAGUUCCAGCAGAUGCCCAAGCUGUUGGUAUGUCACAAGGCGGACCUGCUGCCGCCCCUCUUGGAGGAUCGGGUGGCGGCCCUGCCGCCCAUGUGCCGCGGGCUGCUGGCCAACUUCGACAUGGACUUGGUCUUCACCUCCCACAGCGACCCCAGCUCCGUGCAGCUGGCCUUUGCCUUGGCGGCGGAAGGCUGGCCUGAAGCGGACCCAGAUGCGGUGAGCCGCAAGUUCCCGACCAUCACCCGGCAGCAGCUCCGGCCCACCCGCACCGUGGUGCGCCGAAGGGCGGAUGUCCGCCUGGGCACGGUGGUGACCACGGUCACUUCCCGGCCUCAGUCGGGAAACCUCUUCGACGAGCUGCGCGCACGGGUGCCGCUGGCAGAAUAGAAGGAUUUACUCGUGGAACCCAUCGGUUUUUUCGACUCCGAGCCUUUGAGUCAGUUUCUCUUGGCCGGUGUCGGAGGAACAGGUUGCGGGAGUGGAAAAACCACGGGUUUCGACCCCAAGUCAGUGUCCAAGAAACCAAAGCCCAAGGUCGCU